UGAUUCCACAUCGCCAAGAAAGUUGACACGUUUCGUUACGUUUACCUUUUUUUUGGUCCUGGUUCUUCGCGUAGCGGUCCGUCGACGCAGAUUUCCCGAUUGUGUGCAUUCGUUGCGGCUUCAUAGUUCCAAAGGAAUUGCGGUACGCACUGUAACUGGUUCAUCGUGUAUCAAAGCAAUAAAUAGUGUUGGUUUCGUGUACGAACUUUCGAAGUUGAAUUUAAAAUGGUUGAAGUAACGAAAGAUCUAGGUUUCACCAAGGAAGAGGAACUGCUGCUGCAGGAUUUUAGCCGGAAUGUGAGCACCAAAUCGAACGUGCUGUUUUAUGGCAGUGCAUUUAUCGUUUCGGCGGUGCCUAUUUGGCUGUUUUGGAGAGUGCAUCAAAUGGAACUGCUGCCGUCGGUAGUGUUCUUCGUGAUUGUCACCGCACUGUGCACGUACCUGUUGGCUAUGGCUUACCGUAACACGAAGUUCACGAUGAAGCACAAGAUUGCCAUCAAGCGCGAGGAUGCGGUGACCCGCGAGAUGACCGCACAGCUUGCCGACGACAAAAAGAUGAGCCGCAAGGAGAAAGAUGAACGUGUGCUCUGGAAGAAGAUUGAUGUAGCAGAAUACGAGGCGACCACUUUCUCGAUCUUCUACAACAACGCCCUCUUCCUGGCCGUGGUCAUUUUCGCCAGCUUCUACCUGCUGCGAUCGUUCACACCGACCUUCAACUACAUCUUCUCGAUGGUCAGUGCCGGUGGACUGUUGGCCUUGCUGUCGACUGGAAAAUCGACGUAAAUAGGAUAGUAACAGCGCCCGAGGGAUUUUGCACGCACAUACGUCUCCUUACUGGCAUCAGUGAUUCCAUCCUAUGUUAGGGAACGAACAGGCGCAAUCAAUUCUACUCUUUAUUUUCCCAGCAAAACAAUAAGACUCACAUACAUAAUUUAAAGUGCGAGUGAGUGUGCCCCUUUUGGUGCAUAUCUUUUUGCAUCGUUACGAACUGAGACAUUCAUUCGCUGCUCUGUACGUCGCAUGAUCGCCGUUCGGCUAAACAAAAAUCAUUCGAAGCAUCGCUCAGUAAAGAUUAAGUUACUAAAAGUA